UACUGAGAAUAAACUUUAGUCAAGUUAGUAAUUAGUGAAAUUAAACCAAAGUUCAGCCAUAAAAAAUCACAUCGAGGAGGAACCUUUCAGUUUACAGGAUUUAACUACAAAAUACUGUCAUUCUUCGAGAAAAAAAAAAAACUCACUCUAUAAAAAAGAAAAGAUUAAGACAGAGAGUAAAGGCAAUGGAAGAAUUACCAUCGUCAGAAGCAAGAGAAGACAGAAACAGUAUAAAUGGUGACUAUAGCAGUCCCAUAUAUGAGCUGUGUUGUAAGGUCUGUGAUGGUGUGUUCACUGACCCAGUCACCACUCCAUGUGGACAUAACUUCUGUAAGAGCUGCCUUACAAAUUGCUGGGAGGAGCGUCAUCACUGUCAUUGUCCAUUAUGUAAAGAAAGAUUCACCAGGAGACCUGAACUGAGAAUUAAUACAACACUGAGAGAGGUUGCAGAUGACUUCAAGAAAAAAAAUGGUCUUGAAAAAACUGAGAUUCUUUGUGAUGCCUGCACUGGAGAGAAAUUUAAGGCCCUGAAAUCCUGUCUGGAUUGUGGACUGAGUUUCUGUGAAACUCAUUUAGAACCUCAUACUCAUGUUCUAAGACUUAAGAAGCACAAACUAAUAAACCCUGUGGAGAACCUGGAGGACUACAUAUGCCAGAAACAUAAUAAACUUCUAGAGCUGUUCUGUAAAGAGGAUCAGAUAUGUGUCUGCCAGUUCUGCACUGAGACAGACCACAAGAAUCACAACACUGUUUCUAUAGAGGAGGAGUGCAGAGAGAGGAAGACUCAGCUGGUAAAAACACAGACAGAUUUGCUUCAGAUGAUUCAGGACAGAUUCAAGAAGAUUCAAGAAAUCAAACACUCAGUAGAGCAAACCAAAAGAAGCACAGAGAAAGAGAAAGCAGACAGUGUUGAAGUCUUCACUGCUCUGAUUCACUCCAUUGAGAGAAGUCAGGCUGAGCUGCUGGAGGUGAUGGAGGAGAAGCAGAAAGCAGCAGAGACGCAGGCUGAAGGAUUUAUUAAAGAGCUGGAGCAGGAAAUCAGUGUGCUAAAGAGGAGAAACACUAAGCUGGAGCAACUCUCACAAACUGAGGAGCAUCUCCACCUUCUACAGAUUUACUCCACCACGUGCAGCCCUAUACACACCAAGAACUGGACUGAGAUCAGUAUUAACACUGAUGAGAGUGGGGACACUGUGAGGACAGCUCUGUCUCAGCUUCAACAGACUCUGAAUGAGAAAUUCACUAAAACACUCGAUGACAAGUUAAAGGAAAGAGUUUCCACAGAACUGAAGAGGAUUCAGCAGUAUGCAGUGGAUGUGACUCUGGAUUCUGAUACAGCUUAUCCUAAACUCAUGCUGUCUGCUGACGGAAAACAAGUGUCACUUGGAAAUAAGCAACAGAAACUCCCCAAUACACCACGGAGGUUUAAAAAAUGCCCUAAUGUUCUUGGAAAGCAGAGUUUCUCCUCAGGGAGAAUUUAUUAUGAGGUGCAGGUCAGAGGGAAAAUGGCAUGGACAUUAGGAGUUGCAAGACAGAAUGUUGACAUCAAAGGGAAGAUUAUGCUGAAUCCUCAGAAUGGAUUCUGGACUGUGGGGCUGUGGAAUGAGAAUCAGUAUAAGGCUUGUGCUGAUCCCCCUGUCCCCCUCACACUGAGAGAGAAGGUGGAGGUGGUGGGGGUAUUUGUGGAUUUUAAGGAGGGUCUGGUCUCCUUUUAUGAUGUGAAAUCAAGUUCUCAUAUCUACUCUUUCACUGGUCAGACUUUCACUGAGAAUCUCUAUCCAUACUUCAGUCCUGGUUUAAAUGAAGGAAAUAAAAAUUCAGCACCACUCAUCAUCUCUCCUAUAUUUUAUAAUUAAAUAAAUUAAUUUUCUAAUAAUUAUAAUAAUCUACUAAUAAAUAGAAUGCAAAUAUUUAUAUUCUUGUAAAUUUUAGUAAGGCAUAUUCUGUUUUAAAGUGUUGUACAGAUUAUUUUAAUAUCUGAGGUUUGUUGGACUACAUAAUUUACAGAGUGUGUGUGUGUGUGUGUGGGGGGGGGGUGCGUUUGCCAUUGUGUGCGUGUGUGUGUGUUUUUUCUGAACUGAACCAAACCAACAGAAAUGCUGCCAAGUUUCUGAUGGGUUUCAUUUUGUUUCAGUUCAGCAAGGUUCACUCUCUACAAAGUGAUAACUUUAAAUAAAUACAAGUAAAAAACAAGUAUACUACCUUUCACAGUAUCUAUAUAUGGCAAAUCUUUUUAUUUUUAAUUUAUACUUUUACACCACAUACAUUUAAUUGUAUAUUAAAUAGUGAAAAUAAAAAUUCAUAUUUGAUCUUUUUGGAUGAAUUUCAGAAAAAUUCCUACAAGUUUCCUCAUAAAGUGCUGUACAGUCAAUUUUAAAUACCUUGUUUUGCCAUGUUAGCUAUCGAAACUUCCAGAAACUCCACUUCAGAUAACACACUGUAACUUACAAACAUGACCAACAUGAACUACAAUAAACUUAAACAUUACACAAA